AGCGGAUAAAGGCUGGGGGCCGCCCGCUCGGCUCCAGACCUGCACGGCCACCGCGCCCUCUGCCCCACACGCGGGUCUCGGAAACGUGGAGACCCAGGACAGGUCGCUCCCGAUCCUGCGAGCGGCGGCGGCUGCUGCUGCUGCUGUUGCUACGGGAAAAGGGGACGCGCCGGGGGUAGCUCCGACCAGAGUGCGACUGGGAGAGAUAGGGCGCCCCCUUCCUGCCUCGGGGACCCUCGCCGCGCCGCGCCCAGGCUGCCAGCCUCCGCCCUUGAAGGAACCGUGAACCACAGACAUCGCCAAUCCGGGGCGCAACCCUUAAGAAACCUGUCGCGAUCCCCUCACGGAGGUUCACUUGGAUUUUUUAUUUUUUAUUUUUCUAUUUCCGACUCGCUUUCCACUGCUGGGACGUUCCCAAAGAGGCACGCGCACUGCCCUCCAACUCUACCCCAAAGCGCCGGCCCGGGCCUCAGCAGAGGACCCCCAUUCUUUCGGGAGGGGAACCCCGGCUCCCCGGAAGCGAGCAUUAGAGUGGACUGGUGACGACCCCGCGGAAUCCCUCCAGCUCCCCUACAAGUGCCGGGGAUGGAGCCGCAGCCCGGCGGGGCCCGGGGCUGCCGGCGCGGGGCCCCGGGCGGCGCCUGCGAAUUGGGUUCGGCGUCCGAGUCAGCGGCUUCCAUGAGCCUGGCCAUCCACAGCACCACGGGGACCCGCUACGACCUCUCCGUACCACCGGACGAGACCGUGGAAGGGCUGCGUAAGCGGUUAUCCCAGCGCCUCAAAGUGCCCAAGGAGCGCCUAGCUCUGCUCCAUAAAGACACCCGGCUCAGUUCGGGGAAGCUGCAGGAAUCCGGCGUGGGGGAUGGUAGCAAGUUGACGCUGGUGCCCACCGUGGAAGCAGGCCUUAUGUCCCAGGCCUCGAGGCCCGAGCAGUCUGUCAUGCAAGCCUUGGAGAGUUUGACAGAGACCCAGCCCCCAGUGACGCCCGGGCCGGGCCGGGCUGGCGGAGGAGGCUUCCGGAAAUACAGAUUGAUUUUAUUUAAGCGUCCGUGGCAACGACAGGGACCCCAGAGCCCAGAGAGGGGCGGCGAGAGGCCCCAGGUCAGUGACUUCCUGUCUGGACGCUCUCCGCUCACCCUGGCCCUCCGUGUUGGUGACCACAUGAUGUUCGUCCAGCUACAGCUGGCCGCCCAGCAUGCUCCACUCCAACAUCGGCAUGUGCUGGCCGCCGCAGCUGCUGCUGCCCGCGGAGAUUCCAGCAUAGCUACCCCUGUGUCGUCUAGUUGCCGGCCCAUGUCCACUGCUGCCCGUGUUCCCCCAGUGCCCACCAGCCCUUCACCCUCAUCCCCAUCACCUGUCACAGCUGGCUCCUUUCGAUCCCACGCAGCCUCUACCACCUGCCCUGAGCAGGUGGGUUCUUCCCCACCGACCAGCAGUGGCAGCAGCCCAGGAGCCAGCACAUCCACCCCAGGAAGCAGCCCAACACCCCGAUCCCGCAAACCCGGCGCUGUAAUUGAGAGCUUUGUGAAUCACGCCCCCGGGGUCUUCUCAGGAACCUUUUCUGGCACACUGCACCCCAACUGCCAGGACAGCAGCGGGCGGCCGAGGCGUGACAUUGGCACAAUCCUGCAAAUCCUCAACGACCUCCUCAGUGCCACAAGGCAUUACCAGGGCAUGCCCCCCUCGCUGACCCAGCUCCGCUGCCACGCUCAGUGCUCACCUGCCUCACCAGCCCCUGACCUCGCCCCCAGAACUACCUCCUGUGAGAAGCUGGCAGCCCCUGCCUCUGUCCUGCAGGGUCAGAGCCAGAUACGCAUGUGCAAGCCCCCUGGAGACCGACUGCGGCAGACAGAGAACCGAGCCACGCGCUGUAAGGUGGAACGCCUCCAGCUCCUGCUGCAGCAGAAGCGUCUGCGCAGGAAGGCCCGAAGGGAUGCACGGGGUCCUUACCACUGGCCACCCAGCCGCAAAGCUGGCCGCAGCGACAGCAGCAGCAGUGGGGGUGGCACUAGCCCCAGUGAGGCCGCAGGCCUGGGCCUGGACUUCGAGGACUCCGUUUGGAAGCCUGAAGUCAACCCUGACCUCCAGUCUGAGUUCGUGGUGGCUUAGGACCAGCUUCCCUUCCUGUCCUCCUCACAUCCCUAGCCCAUGAUGCCGAGCCCCCCAGCUCUGCAGGGCUGGAGGUCACCUUCCCACCCAACAAGCCUUUUUGGUUCUUUUCUAACUCA